AUGAGAGAAGAGCUAGUAAGGUCGGCGGUAUCGUUUUUGAAUGAUCCUCAGGUAGCUGACGCAACACUUGCCAAACGAAUCGAAUUUUUGGAAUCUAAGGGCUUGACAAAAGAAGAGGUAGAGGAAGCUCUGACACAAGCCACUAAUGGUAACAGCUCCCCGAAAAGUCCUUCCUCCCUUGCAUCAGUUCCUAUAACAGGAGUCAAUUCCACCACCGUGAAAACUGCUUAUUUGAAUCAACCUCAUAUUCCUCCACUGUCUCUUCCGCCUCCAGUCCCUAAGCGAGACUGGAAAGAUUAUUUUGUAAUGGCUACAGUUAGUGCAGGUGUUGCUUAUGGACUUUAUGAGGUGACAAGAAGAUAUGUGCUGCCAUUGAUUCUACCUCCAACUCCAAGUUCUCUUGAGUCGGAUAAAGAAGCUUUGGAAGCAGAGUUCACUCGUGCAGAGAGCCUUUUGGAGCAGCUUCAUAAAGAUACAGAGGAAAUUAAGGAAGCGGAGUUGCAGCGUAAAGAACAAUUUACAACAGUUCUACAAGAAGCGCAAGAUGCUAUUGAGACGGUUAAGGGACAAUCACAGCAAAUCGAGGCUGAUAUGAAGCUCAUUAAAACUCAAGUAGACACUAUCAAGGAUACAUUACCAAAAUCUCUAGAGAAGAACAGAGAUCAACAAGACAAGGCAUUGCUGGAAAUUCAAGAAGAGCUCAAAUCUCUCAAACAGCUGAUCACAAAUCGCUUGAAAAGUUCGAGCUUGCCUGCCAGCUUACCUCCUGCAUCUUCUGUCCCUUCAACUAUUCCAAAAUUCGCUGCUUCUUCAGUCUCAUCUACUUCUGGUCCCUCUCCCUCUUCUACUUCUACUAAUGAAGGUUCUACUUCGUUGCCUGUCUUGGGUACCAAUUCUUCGAUAGUUUCUCCUUUUUCCAAGCCUUCAGUACCUUAUUCUGAGCAAACAUCACCUGCUACUUCAUCUACUACUCCCACACCCAAGCCUGGUCUUCCCGCUUGGCAAGUGGCUGCGGCCUCAAAGUAUUCUGAGAACGAGGCGGCUUCCUAA